AUGUACCUUAAUGGAGAACAAUUGCUAAAAUAUACUAUAUAUGCCUACAGACUAUCCUUUUUCAUAGGCAUUUGUUCACUUUUCAUAGCCAAGAGUUACCUACCAGAGUUUCUUCAAUAUGGUAAAACCUACCAGCGCAAAAGGAACUCAAAAUAUUCAAGCAUAUUGGAACGUUUCAAGAAGUUCACAGUUCCAAAGGCGUAUUUUUCCCAUUUUUAUUAUUUGGCCACUUUCCUAUCCUUAAUUACUUUAUAUUUCUAUCCUAAGUUCCCCAUCGUCUGGAUCAUUUUUGGACACUCAUUGCGCCGACUUUAUGAAACCCUUUAUGUAUUGCAUUAUACAAGCAAAUCCAGGAUGAAUUGGUCCCAUUAUCUAGUCGGAAUAUGGUUCUAUUCCGUACUCUUGCUAAUCCUAAAUAUAUCAUUGUACAGGAACACUAUUCCAAAUACGCUAAACACGAGUGCCUUCAUCAUAUUCUGCAUAGCAUCUUGGGAUCAGUAUAAAAACCAUCAUAUUCUGGCCCAGCUGGUUAAAUAUUCGCUGCCAACAGGAAGGCUCUUCAGCUUGGUAUGCUGUCCUCAUUAUCUGGACGAAAUAAUUAUUUAUUCUACUCUGUUGCCCUAUGAGCAAGAAUUUUAUUUAACACUUGUUUGGGUAAUCGCAAGUUUGACAAUAUCUGCAUUAGAAACACAAAACUAUUACAGGCACAAAUUCAAGGAUAAUCACGUAGCUCGCUACUCCAUAAUACCUUUCAUAAUCUAG